AUGACUGAGGAUGUGACCAUGCCUACUCCCAAUGAUGACAGGGAUCAUGUCAAGGAACUCCAGGAAUUCGUCAUACACCUUUCAGAACAGCCAGGAAGGGAAUCUGUUGCCUCAGAGAUUGAAGUCCUUCAGUCAAUUUACGGAGACACCGCAAUUCGACUAUGGCAACCACCAACGCGAAUUGAACAAUCUCGAAAUAACCAGGAGGCAGUAGUGCGAUAUGAGGUCGUCCUAAGUCUUCCUUCACCCAAUGAGGAUGUAUCCCUGACAAUCCUGGUAUCCUUACCUUCGACCUAUCCAGCAACCUCUUCACCACAAUUACAACUAUUAUCUCGGUACAUAGGGCCCUUUGGCGCGGAUUCAAAUCUGUUCGGAUCCAUCCUACGAACAUACAUAUCCAUUAACGGGAUCGAGUGGUCGGAAGACUCGCUUUGCGUAUUUGAUGGGCUGCAGAACGUUUUGGAGCGCUGCACGGCGUGGUAUGAAGAGCGACUCAGCGCAGAAAAGGCGGGAGAGCUCAUGCGGGUCGAUGCCAAGGGGAAUGGUUAUUUUAAUGCCGAUUCCAGCUUGAGCUCACUGACGGACGACACAAGCUUGGGCACGAACGACGAAGGAGGCACCGAACUUGAAAGCGAUAAUCCAAGUCCGCCCACUGAGAUCCCCGCCGGAAUCCAGAUAUUUGUUGCUGAACCUAUCACAGACCGAAAGAGCACAUUCAUUGGACGUGCCUGUCAAAUAUCACAACCAUCUGACGUACCCCUCGUUCUUGCUCAUUUAAUGUCUGAGCGUCGAAUAUCUCGUGCUGCUCAUCCUAUCAUCAAUGCAUGGCGAUGUCAGGUUGGAAGCGUCCUUCAUCAAGAUAAUGACGAUGACGGAGAGACUGCGGCUGGAGGCCGCCUAGCUCACCUCCUUCAGAUUUUAGAUGUCAACAACGUACUCGUCAUUGUCACUCGUUACUUCGGUGGCAUCCAUCUUGGACCAGACAGGUUCAAACAUAUCAAUCAAGCAGCUCGAAGUGCUUUGGAGGGUGGAGGCUUUCUCGACGCCCUCGAAACGAGGAAAAACACCGGAAGAGGCAAAAAACACUAA